UAGAUGGCGGUAGUGCGCAGCAGUCGGAAACACAGCAGACGAAGAAAAAACAGGCAUUCUAGAAUUAGUUGAUGCAAAGGGUAAUUUAGUUGUAAACGAAUUGGUGAGAUUGUGCUACCAGGGCCAUGUCUGAUACGGAAACGAAACCAUCUACAACUGACGGAGGGGACAAGAAGGAAGGUGGAGAGUAUAUCAAGCUGAAAGUAAUUGGGCAGGACAACAGUGAGAUACACUUCAAAGUGAAGAUGACUACAUCGCUGAAGAAGUUGAAAGAGUCCUACAGUAAAAGACAGGGUGUGCAGCCUGACAUGCUGAGGUUUCUCUUCGAGGGCCAGAGAAUUGCAGACCACCAAACACCCAAAGAGCUGGGAAUGGAAGAUGAAGAUGUAAUCGAAGUCUACCAGGAACAGACCGGGGGACUACGGAUUAACUAAUCUUGCUCUCUACUUUGAAACACGUUUCCUGCUUUAUUGGUUGUUAUUUUUAUAUAUAUUUUGAUAAGUGAUAUUACACAACUCUUUAGUUUGGCUUGUCUGGAUGGUUAUGGAGAGGGGUGGUUUAGAUCAAACAGUCAGUAGGGCCUCAUUCCAUUACUUGCCCUUGCACCCUCCCAACCCUGAGGUGUGUUUUUACCAUACAGCCUAGCAUUUAGGGUGGUCACUGGAUCCUGCAAUUCUGCUCUCAUUAUUUCAUCCAUUCUUUAGUUCCUUCCUUGAAUGGUUUGUACUGUCCUUCACCACUUAAAUCCAUCCAAAAAGUGCUUCUUGAAGGGUACAAGGAUGCAAGUGUAAGACCAAGGAGGUCUUGAGACCGGUUAGAGAGGCAGAGGUCCUUGUCCUGCUCUGGCCUUCGGAGGGUGUAUACUUAGGCUACCUCCUUAGGGAUUUCUUCAGUUAGUCCCCGAACUUUGUCUCAGAACAGUGACAAUGUGUAGAAUUUUCUAUUUCAACUUGAGCACGCUGUAUGUAUACAGUGUCCCUCACUGACAUCUUUUCAAGGCUGUGUAGUGUGUUUCCUUCCAGUCUGUGUUAUGGGAAGCUGGCUAGGUGAAGCCCCCUCUCUCCUGUUGAGUGCAAAUCAUCCUGCCGUGCUGAUUCUGUGAAUUAGUAUUGUCAUUGUAUUAUUUUUAUUAUUGUUGUUUUUUUUGUGUUGCUGGUUUUGUUUACCUUUUUAUUUCUCCUCAUAGCUGGUUAGCAUAGAUUAACGCUAAAAGUAGCACACUUAUCAGGGACUGUUGGCUAGACAUUCAUCUGAACCAGCAUAAAACCAGUUAAUCUCCUAGGUCCCUUGAGCCAUGAUCUGUCUAUAUUUAUGUACAUAAAAAAUAUGUAAUAUGUUUGCAUUGUGGUCCCUGUCAUAUUAGUUUUAAACGAAUUAACUUAGAGACGCGCAUUAUUUAAAGUUUCAUAAAGAACACGUUAGUCUCUGUCUGCCUCUGACAUCUGUUGAUGUACAUUCCCAGCGGUGGUUGUGCUGCAGACCUCGGAGAGUGUUGAACUUUGAACUCACAGGCUUUGUCUCUCUUUAAGAUAGAUCAGUUGGCGUAGACAUACUGACGGCUCGUCACCAUCUCUGCUGUAAUGUCCUUACAAUCAGCUCUCAUCAGUCAACCACGUGUAAUAUUGUAUACAAGAAAGUAUUUUAUAAGAACAAAAAUCAAACAGUUGUUACCCAGCUUGUAUAUUUUGUAUAUUCAUUCACUGUUUUGUUAUUUUCUACUGGAUCAUUACUACAUUUUGUUAAGUAGUUUAAGUUUUAGGAAAAGUAAGAGAGUAAGUUGGUCUGUUGUGUUUCUAGGUUUUUCAUCUCAGGAAUCAAUAUUGAGUUGAUUUAAAAAAAAAAAAGGCAAGUUGUCUGGCUGCGAUGAAACGCGCUCCACCAUGGUAGCCCAUAAUUGUCAAAUUUCUGGGUUUCCCCGGCAACCCAAGCACACAGCUAUGGCUUCAGUAAAACUAGACAUUGGAAUGGCCGUGAUGUACAUUAGGCUAGAAAACACUUUUUAAAGAAAAUAAAAAUGCUUAACAGA